AUGGAGAAAGAGCUCGACGGCGAGAGAAAGCUCGGCGCAGAGCAGCGGCGAACGGCGAGGUGGAGCCGUCGCGACGGAGGCGAUGCCUCCUCUCCACCACUGAUUCGCCGGGAAGGAAGAGCGCCCGCCGGAGCGCAGAGGAAGCGGGGGCGUGAGCCUCCGGUAAGUGUCGUGGCUGCCUCACGGAGGAGGCGGACGACAAGGGACGGCGGCGAGAGGAGCUGCCGCUCCCGUAGCGGAGUGAAGGACGGGGAUGAAUUUGUGGGGGGAAAGGAGACGGCGAGGAGGCACUGCGACUCCGGCGAUAGUGUCGCUGAGCUCGACGGAAAUCGUGAGCAUAGAGCUGACGGGCUGACGCUGGCAAAUUCAGCCGAGAGAGAGAGGGAGAGUGCUGGACGGAAAUGGGCGGUUGACGGGGUUUUCGCCGAGGAGGAGAAGCGCCGCCGGAGGAGGCGGCGGAGGACGGCGACCGAUGAGGGCGGCGGCGGCGGAACAGGCGGCGUUGUCGCCGAGAGAGAGGAGGGAGGAGAGUUUAGGGUUUGUGAUUGGGGAAUUUUGGAAAUGAAGGAGGAAGAGAGAGGGGUCGAUGGUUAG